AUGCCAAUACUUGAACCUCUUCCUCCCCCUCAUCCAAUAGCAUCAUCGUCUCGAAUGGUCAAUGGUCUUUCUCACUCCCACAUGAACGGUCGUUCAGAAGCUUCCUCUUCUACUUCAUACAAUCUGAGUAGUCAUCUCGCCCAAUCAAAUGAUCGCGGUGAUCGAGAGCAGGAUGAACACCAAGUAACAGAAGACGAAGAAGAAGAAGAGGAUAUGCAUAUUGAUAGUUCAUCAGAUAUGAGUGAAGAAGAAGAAGGAUUACCCGUGAUACAUAUCGAAAUUAGACUGCGCGCUUCGACCAGGAGUUCGAUCAGAGAUCCUGAUCUCAUAUACUUGAUAAAAGAAUAUAUACAAACUGCGUCUCCUCAUCUUGUCCCGGGAAAAGAACUGAAGGGCUGGGAGAAGGAAGAAGAAUUACAAGAGUACGUGGAAAGGAUACGGAUAGAGGAGAAUGUCGAUGAUCUAAAAUCAAUAUCAUAUGAUGAUGCACAGUUAGAAUUUCAUAUUUACAAACCUGGCAACUUCGAUGAGAUAGAAGACUUCAGUGCUGAGUUGGAUGAAUACGAUAAUGAAAACGCUGUAACAGCAGCAAGUAUGAGAACUCUACCUUCAGCAGAAUUAGAUGGCAUAUGGGAUACACUGGUAUAUCCAGAUAAUCUGAAAACACGUCUGCUGAAUUUCUGUUAUUCAACAACUUUGUUUUCGGAAGCUGCGAUAAAUUUCAAUGUGAUAGCGUGGAAUAGAGUAAUCUUACUUCAUGGGCCACCUGGAACGGGAAAGACGUCUUUGUGUCGGGCUUUAGCACAAAAAAUAGCUAUUAGGAUGCAUAAGAUGUAUCCAACAGGAAAACUAAUCGAGAUCAACUCACAUUCGUUAUUCAGUAAAUGGUUCUCGGAAUCGGGUAAAUUAGUCCAAAAGUUGUUUGACACUAUAACACGAGAAGUAGAUGAUGAGUCCCAAUUUGUGGUUGUCAUGAUAGACGAGGUGGAAUCCUUGACUGCUGCUAGAGCUGCUGCCAUGUCAGGCAACGAGCCGUCCGAUUCCAUGCGAGUGGUGAAUGCGUUAUUGACUCAACUGGAUAGACUGAGGGUGAGAAAGAAUGUGUUAGUCAUGACAACGUCAAAUCUGGUAGAUGCUAUUGACGAAGCAUUCAUGUCAAGAGUAGAUAUGGUAGAAUUAGUACCCUUACCACCAGCCAAAGCAGUUUACUCGAUUCUCGUAGGAUGUAUGACAGAGAUGAUGUCGAAAGGAUUGAUCAAGAUUCGUAAUUUCCUCGACGUGAACAGAGCCAUUGAUUAUAGUACUCAAUAUGAUACUGGAGGCGACAAAUCGAGAACAGAUAGUGUGGCUUUAUAUAAGUUAGCUGAGAAAUGUUAUGAAUUGAAAAUAUCAGGUAGAACUCUACGUAAAUUGCCAGUGUUAGCUCAUACCACUUAUCUAUCAACUUCUUCCAGUGAGAAUAGGAGAAGACCAUUAAUCAAAUGGAUAGAAGCUAUGAGCAAGAUCAUUGAUCCUCAAAACCAGAAUCAAUCUCGAGCAAAAGCUGAUAUCGCUGGAGAUAAAGCCAAAGUGACCGCACAUGUGAAUGGGAAUGGAGACGGAAAUGUCACGAGGCAUGGAAGAAACCCAAGUACAGCCAGUGCAACGACCACGACUGAACGGAGUGAAAUUGGGAUGAACAUAGCCACGGAAGGUGGAAGACAUCAUCAUUGA